CCCAGCCUUACACAUCUCGAGUAAGCAUACUCAUCUGGAGGACUAAAAAAAAACCAUCAACUUUUUCUACACACGUCUCAGUAGCCGCGGAAGGACUUUGCCGACAUGGCGGAUUCAAUGAAAACCAUCGGAUGUGUGUCCAAGAUCGUUAUACUGAUAGGAUUGAUCUCUAUCUAUGGAGUGAACGCUCAGGGCCCAGUCGGGGCUCCAGCACCCACAGUUUCUGUCGGUCCUGCUAUUGCUCCGAUUUCUGGACCUCCUGCUGCUCCUAUCGCUCCUGCUUCUGUACCAAGUUCAAGCGUGACACCAGCUGCAGCUCCUGCCCUCCCAGGAUUCAUACCCGCUCUGGCUCCUUUCGAUGCACUGGUCCCUUCUCCAGUUAGUAGGCCACCAACACCGUCACCUGCGCAAGCUCCAACUCCAACUCGAGGGCCAACGAAUGCUCCUGUUCCAGCUUCGAGGCCGGUGUUUGCACCCAUUCCGGUGCCGAAUGCUCCAUCAGCUUUUCCAGCAACUGCAACGCCUCCACCAUCUGUGCUCUCUGGGCAGACAAGUGCUAACGCAUCUGUGCAAAUGACUGGACCGUCCGCAAGGUUCAUGCUCCUCCUGGCUUCAAUCGUCCUGACAGCUUUACUUUGGUAGGCACAUCCGAUGUGCUUCUAUGGCAGCAAGACUCGAUUCAGAUGACAAGUUCGUGAUAUUACAGAUGAUAUACAGACACAUUACAUGGUGAACGACGAUGUCUCCGGGAAAUUUUACUCGUGAACGAUUAGCAGACAUUCUAAAUAGGCCGCGAACCUCCAAAAUCGUAGUAAGCUGAAUAAUUUCAUUGAAUAUAAUAAAAUCCGCUUAGCUUAUCCUAGCUAUUGAUACUCAUUGAGUUCUUUCUGC